AUGGCCAGCCCCAAGGUCCAAGUUCCUGCAGAGCCGACUCGGGAGCAGCAGUACGUACGAUCCCUGAUAGCGCAGCUAUCACAACCAGACACGGAGGAUAUGAUCACCGAGUUACUCGAGACGAGCGCGUUGAGCAAUGACAUCCAUCCCAUCUUCGCUCGCUCGCAGUGGGAUGAUCUGUCGCAUCUCGACUUGCUGCGUAUCGCGCCAGCGCUUGUUCUCGCAUCCCGGAUGUUGACGAGCUUCCGCGCUGUUCACUUCUGGCAUGCACUCCUACGUGGUCCCAGGCGAACCGUUAGCUACGGAGGUGGUGAGAUUCGACAGCGUUUCGACCUGAUGCAUGACCCCGCGACAUCACUACCCCCAAGUGAAGCAGACUUGGUCCUCGAGAUGCUGGCCGGCAUGGCUCGCAAGAUCAGGAUGUCGUUCAAGGAGCAGAAAAGCUCGCACGGAUAUUGCACUCUGCUUAAGCGCUUGUGGUCGCCAAACGAUAAGCCAAUGCUAGGCAUCGUCGUGGCCCUUGAACAGCUGAAGCUUCUAGAGCUUGCCGAUAAACCAUGGUUCUUCCUGCUGGCGCGAUGGAUACAUCUCGCGAUUACUCUAGUUCAUGAGGUUGCCCAUGCUGUCAGUGCGGAGUACUACGGAUGGAGGGGAGAGGGGUACUUCGGUGACAACAAGUUCAUCGAGAUGGGCGAAGCCUUCGUAGAGUGGCUUAUCGGCGGUGAUCUCGAGGCUGAUGAUGAGGCCCAGGUUACAUCCAUGGCGAUGACGGAAGUCGGCACAAGUGGACGCUCCAGAGGAUACAAGAGUUGCGGCACAUCAGCUUCGCAUGUCGAAAGAAUGCCACCAAGCAUACACCACUGGCUUGUUGGAGCAGCUUACGCCUGGAAACUGUUCCUGCAGAAGUUUUGGCUGGAAGAAAUGCCAUCAUCAGCGGGUAUGGCUUUGCAGCCUGCGAGGUUUGGCUGUGGUUGUGCUCGAUGCCCAGAGGUCACGGACGAUCAGCUAUGGAGGUGGCACAGAGAGGAAAGAGCCUGCGUCGUCGCCACAUGGCCUUUAUGUCCCGAGAUAGAUCAGGUUUGUGUGAGGAGAUAG